AUUACAUCAACGAUCAACAGCACUUGUGCACCCGAUAUUGUGACUGACUGACCAUCAUUUUUGUUGUUUUCUCCUGAAAACUGCGACCGAUUUUCUGUUUCUUCACGGGGUAGAUGACCAACAUCAACAGCAAUCGUGGCGUCGAAAAUGAGCUUUCUUUUUGGGAGUCGGUCGACGAAGACUUUCAAACCCAAAAAGAACAUUCCAGAAGGAACACAUCAGUAUGAGUUGAUGAAACAUGCAGAAGCCACACUAGGCAGUGGUAACCUUAGACUGGCAGUAGUCCUACCAGAUGGUGAAGACCAAAAUGAAUGGGUCGCUGUUAAUACGGUUGACUUCUUCAAUCAAAUCAACAUGCUUUACGGUACCAUCACAGAGUUCUGUACAGCAGAAUCAUGUCCUGUUAUGUCGGCUGGUCCAAAAUAUGAGUACCAUUGGGCUGAUGGGCAAACAGUCAAGAAACCCAUCAAAUGCUCAGCGCCUAAAUAUAUCGAUUACUUAAUGACAUGGGUACAAGACCAGCUGGAUGACGAGAUGAUAUUCCCAUCAAAGAUUGGCGUAAGUUUCCCCAAGAAUUUCUCCACCAUUGCCAAGACGAUACUCAAGCGUCUGUUCCGGGUCUACGCCCACGUUUACCAUCAGCACUUCUCAGAGAUCGUCAAGCUCAGGGAAGAGGCGCAUCUCAACACGUCCUUCAAACAUUUCAUUUACUUUGUCCAGGAAUUUAACCUUAUUGAGUCCAAGGAACUUGCUCCACUGCAAGAUCUAAUCACAUUAUUUAAUGGCAAACCAUAGUUCUUUUUAUUUGUACAUUUUUAAAGGUAUGUCUUUUUUUUAGUACCGAGCAAGUUACAUUUGGCAGAAAUUUGCUUUUUUUGAACAACUCAAGUUGUGGUUUCAGGAGAGUUUGAUGUUAUUUGUUAGACAGAAUUUACAUAAAAUAUCCGUGUAAAAUACACUUUCCCUCCAUUGGGGGCCAAAUUUGUAAAGCGACAAGAACACAAAAUUGCGAAAACCUGAGGCCACUAAUACAAGUUGGUUAUGGUUCAGCCAUUUCUAUACACUUUAGCAGACAGGGUGUGUUUCAUGAGUGAUAAAGAAGAUUUGGCUGUGCUUGUCUGCGAUAAGUAUGGAUUUGUUUUGUUGCAAAUCUGCUUUACAAGAACCGUCCUUUGCUCUGCUUACAAGAACUGUCGGCAAGUAAGCAUGCCUUUUGCUUUGUCUGCACAGAUUAUGAAAUGGACAUUCUGCUAAGUACCACUCCGUAAUCAGAAAACGUCUGCUUACUUGUUAUGAAAUUGGCUGCGGGUCACGACCAUAACUUUUGUUGUGACUGGCUGCAUGGUUAUUACCGCUUGGCAAGUAAUUUUGUUAAGCAAUAUUUUUCUGAUUUGCAGCUCUCUUAAUCUGGUCCUUGGCUUUUAGUCCAGCUGCCUGUCUUUUACGAUUCUGAGAUAUUCGAUGAAACUACUUGGUACAUCAUGUAUUAUCAUGAUGUCUCUAGCCCUUUUCACACUAAUCUAUAGACCGUAUUGAAUAUGAUGUCUCCGUUCAAAUAUCUGCCCUACAACAUGGCGUCUGUGCGUGUGUGCGAGCGUGUGUGCAUGCAUGUGCAGUAGAAAUCAAACUGAAUCCCGCUUGCUUCAUAGAUGUACGCGUUUGGAUGCGCAUAUUGCUUGCCCUACAAAAUGGCGACUUUCAUAGAAAAAAUGGGGUUAUUCAAUACUGUCUAUUCCCCAGGGCAACCCGGGGGAAUACUGUACGGUCCUUUUCACACUUGGAUCGCUCUACCCUGGUAGAUGAGUAUACCCUGGGCAUAGCCACCCCUGCUCUGGAAUAGGGGUAAGCGACAAAACCCUGGGGUAUUCUAAAAACGUGCAACCAAAACCCUGUGGAAUAGUGACGUAUGCAGGGCAUUGUGAAAGUGCGCCGGAGUGAAGCCCGGUGUAUACUUCCUGUGAAAGCGAAUGCAAUACGAAUGUUGACGUCACAUAAUAUUGGCAAUGAAAAAUUCGCAGCAGUUAAGUUGCGCUUAACUCUCUUGCAAAUAUCCCUGCGAAUACAGAGUUGUGACGUCAAAUUCGCAUCGCAUUUGCAUUCGCAUUCGCAGGAAGUAUGAACCGGGCUGAACCUUGGGAUGUGAAAAACUUACCAGGGCUUCACCAGGGCUGUAUUCCACAGAAGUAAGAGAUAACGUGUGAAAAGGGCUUCACAGGGCUUUGAGUGAGUUGCAUGUAGCAUUGUGAGAGUUGUUGAAGAAGGUGUGGUUUAAAUCGUCAAUCCAUCUCAAUGUGAUUGACAAGUUGGAAUGUUCCAUUAGCUGGCGGGGAGGGACAGAACAAGCAAAGUUUAAAACAAGAAUGUCUUUUGCUAGGUUCAGAUCCCCCACCCCUCAAUAACUUAUUUAUGUUUGGUACUCUGUAAUGGCCACGCAGUGGCAAUAGCGUGAGUUGUAGAAUCAAAGGCACCAGUCUAACUUACCUCUAGCCUCAUUCUGAUUGUCAUAGACUCCGUACAGGAAUAUCCAACGGCCAUUGACAGGGAAAAGGCGUACUGUAGACUUUGUUUGGAAAAUUGUCCUUAUCCUGCCACCACUUAUUUUUACCAAAAGGAAUAUCUCAUUUGAGUAAAUUAGAUACUAAUUUAUUUCAAAACGAAUGAAAAAUGUGUGGCAGGAUACAGAAAGUUUUCCCUUUGUUUUCUAAUUGUUGGUGAUUUAACCGACUAUAUUUAAUAUUUAAAAUGUAAAUCAAGAUUUUCUGCUGUAUAUAUUGUUUUUAAAAGAAAUCUCUCUUGAUUACUGUGAGGAAGGUUGGCAUGCUUUCGUGUUGUAACAAAGCUCUAUUGUCUUUAUAACUUCUUGAUGCUCUAUAUAUAGCAAGGCCCUGACUGCUGGCAGACGUGCAUUUAUUCAGUAACACAUUUCGUCACUCAUGGGAGACCCCUUAGCUGGUUGUAAAAUCACCCGUUGGACCUACUCUUUAUCUAUACAUAUACAUGUAAAGCCCCUUAACUUCUAGCUAUUUUCACUUUGCAAGCUGUGGCAAAGUUUUGAGCAACCCUGUAUACCCAUGUAAGCCCCGACCCCCGUAGGUAAAACGUACUACCAUCUGCAAGUUAUACCACUACGCCAUUCCGGGUAAAGAAACCAAUACUAUUCUUCAUCCCUUCUCCUUAAUGCAAAAACAAAAUCUCCUGCCCCAACAGCCUUGAUGAUUUAUGAAAAAUGAUGAAGUGGCCCUCAUAUGAUGCUAUGAAGAACACGAACAGUGCCCUCUAUAGUUGGUUAUUCUUCAUUGAUCUAAAAUCAUUGGACAGUUUGUGAUGUCCUUGAAGGGAAGGUAUACAUUUGGUAAUCACUCUUAAAAUUAAUGGCAGUAAAAACUUUGGUGAGAAGUACAUCAGCUUUUGAUAGUAUAAGGCAUUUUGAGAGUCAUUUCACUUAAGUGGUUAUGGGAAAAAAUAUCAGUUUUUAUCCCCGAAAUUCUGAAUGUGAGAAGCAGUACUGACAGUGAUGUCUCUCAGUUUGUUUAUUCCAAUUAUGGAUUAUGCUUCCUGGCCACUUCAGAUUUUCAGCAAUAUCUCAAAAACUUGAAAUGAAGUUUUGACAGGUUAGUUUCAUUGUAUGAAGCAAUUGAACUGUUCCAAAAACCAACUAGGUAUUAACAUGAUUCACUGUGAGACAGAUAAUAAUACACUGUGUACAGGGUGACGCUAAACGCACUGCCAUUGUAAAUUGAAUUAGACAUUUUUAUAAUUCUGAUAAAUUAUAAGCUUUUACGUAGAGACUAUGUUUAGCAUUUUCUCUUUUUUUUUCCCGAAUAGAUGCAGUAUUGGCUGGUAGUUGUUUUUUAAACCUUGCGCAAAACAUUCAAUGUAGUAGCAGAUUUUGAAAUAGUAAAUACGCCUUAAGCUUUCUUUCCCAUGGUUUUAUUUUUCGCUUCUACUUGGAACGUUUUUGUUUGACGUGGAAGCAGUACGUCCCCAAGAGUGUAGUUUGCUUUUUCAGUUAACGUCAAUUUUGAAAUGUAGUAACUGGUAAGAGAGUUUCAAAGAAUAUUCAUAAACUGUUCAUUGCAAAAAAAGUUAUAAAUUUGUAGGGUCCUCAUUCAUUGGAUAAUGAACUGAUUAACAAGUUUCUGCACUUGCGCUAAGCAGAAUUUAAAACUGGCAAAUGAAACCAUUUCAUUGUAUUUUGGUAGUGGCUUGUACCCUGUUAGUUGGCCAGCCAACGUGUGAAACUCCCCUUCGGAUGCCAUAGUUUGUUAAUGGCUGGCAUCCAUGCUAUAUGUAUGGAUCAUGGGCUCUGGAAGACGUAGGGUAGUAUACAAACUGGUAUACAUUAGUUUAUGCAUUUAAACAGCUCUAUGAAUUUAGGAGCUACACGGGCCUUAAAGAUAGGGUCAUAGAUUUGUUUUUGUCAAUGUUAAAUUCUUGUCAUUUGAUUGGAGGAUUAGAUGUCAUGCAGCAUUGAUUAUUUACACCUUGUCAUGGCACGUCACUGAGCGUUAAAAAAA